AUGACAGAAAGCGAUAUCCGCAUAGUUGCAGCCAUUGAUGAAAUAACCACUAACAUCGACUGGCCGGAAUACGGUGGACGAUUCAAAACGCCAACGGCCUUAAAAUACGAUGAUAAUUUAGAGCUUGAAAAUUGGGGCUAUCCUGCUCUAACAGAAAGACCGACCAGAAGAUCUAGAAACAACAGUAAAAAACCUGUCGAAUUAUUCAAGCUUCACCUUGGAGACACGGAAAACAAACCUCCUCUCCCACCCAAGCUUGAUUACAAAACGGCGAUUACUGAUUACUUGCGUGAGAUGGCCAAGUCGCUCAAAGAGACCCUUAAAAUUCGUUGGCCACUUCUUGAUUUUUUCACUCACUUUCCUUGUCUUAGGCAUUACUUUACAAAACAAAAAUUUCAGAUUCCUGCAGAAUUUGAUGCGGCCGCAAUGGCCACAAUGCGCGAAUGCGCUUUUAAGGCCGGUUUAAUAAAUAAGAGAGAUAGCCCUAAUUUAUUGAUUACGACAGAACCCGAGGCUGCGGCGGUACAUUGCAUGAAGGCUUUAAAAGAGCAUGACUUGGGAGUUGGAGUGGAUUGUGGAGGAGGCACCGUGGACUUGACCACGCGAAAGCUUCUAGCUGGUAACAAGUUAAGCGAGAUCACGGAGCGUAAAGGGGAUUUUUGUGGGGGAAGUUAUGUAGACAGAGAAUUCAUCAAAUUUAUUGGUCGAAAGGUUGGAAACACAGCGAUCGAAAUAGUUAAAGAAAAUCAUUACGGACAACUUCAAUAUAUGGUUCAAGAGUUUUGCCGAAGGGUAAAAAUUCCGUUUAAUGGAAAUCGCAGAGAUUUUAGGGAAGUGGAACUCGAUUUAGAAGAUGUGUGCCCGGUUUUGCAGCAAUAUGUAAAGGGAAAGAAUAGAGAGGACAUGGAAGACGCCGAAUGGGUUGUGAAACUCGAGUUUGAAGAUGUCAAAGGGAUGUUCGAUCCAGUUGUGGGUAAAAUAAUUAGGUUAAUUGACGAACAACUAAAAAAUAGCAGCGAAAACUGCUCGGUAAUGUUUUUGGUCGGUGGAUUCAGUGAAUCAAGGUAUUUGCAAUCAAGAAUUCGAGAGGAGUUCGGUGAAAUUGUUAGAAACAUACCAGUUCCACCCAGUCCCGUUGCUGCUAUUGUCAAAGGCGCUGUUCAGUUCGGAUUAAAACAGGAAGUGAUAGUUGACAGAGUUCUGAAAUGGACAUAUGGGACUCAAAUCGCGAGAGAUUGGACGCCAGAUGAUCCACCGGAACGCAAGUCUGGUAAAUAUAUUAUGAUAUUUGAGCGACUGGGCAAAAAAGGUGACAAGGUUGCAGUGGAUCAAAAGGUUGUUCGCAUAUAUGCUCCAACAAGCAUCAUUCAAGAGAGGGCCUGCCUGGAUCUUUACGUAACGUCCGAAGAAGAUGCAAAAUUCUGUGAUGAUACAGGGGUAACCCUGUUAGACCAUUUCAACUUUGCCGUUCCUGUAACUGGAGAGGUGUUGCGUCCGAUUCUCUAUGUUUUGAAUUUUGGAAUGGUAGAGAUUCAGGCAACAGCUAUUAACGUCGCUAGCGGGGAAAGAUACGAUAAA